CGGAAUGUGUUGACGUAAUGACGUAAGGUCGGACCCGGAAGUGGGCAUGUGUCAUCGGUGCCAAGAAAAAACGACUGCACUAUUCAAAUCCGUGAGAAGGGAGGGAGCUGAUGGUCAUCUGAGGGAAUACUGGCAGAAGCGGAAAAACAUCUUUAAACGGAUCCCACGAGUUAAAAGAAGAGUUAAGAGUGUAAAUAAGAGAUCUGAGGAGCAGCGCGGAGGCUUGAGGGAAGAGUGACCUCACUGUAACUAAGGACAGGCUGCUGCUGCUCCUGCUGCUGCUGUUGUUGUUUUUCUUCAGGAGACGCUGGUGUUGAGGUUGUUUUAUGAAAAGGAAGUUUAAUCUUCCAGCGGUGUUUUCUGUCCGAGAGAGGAGAUGCACAAUGCUGUGGCCCGGAGUUUGAACCAGGAAGAGACAGCGUGUAAAGUUCUGCACUUGACCUGAGAUAGUUCACUCUUUCUGUUAGCAUUAGCUUUUCUCUCGGAAGCUGCAUGUGUCUAAAACAAAGCGACAUCUUUGCUCCGCGGGGCUCUGAGGGCUUUUCUGUGCGCUUUUCCCCGCAGGCUGAUGGCGCGGAGGCGGGUGGAGGGUCGCGGCGGGCUGCUGGCGGACAUCCAGACCGCGCUGCUGAGCGAGCCGCUGGACUCCGUCUUCCACAUCACCGGCGAGCUGGGCAGGGGGAAGUUUGCAGUGGUGAAGAAAUGCGUGGAGAAGGCGACGGGUAAAGUGUUUGCGGCGAAGUUCGUGCGGAAGCGGCGGCGAGGUCGUGACUGUAGGGCCGAGGUGAUCCACGAGCUGGCAGUGCUGGAGGCGGCCAGGUGCAACCCCCGCAUCAUCAACCUGCACGCAGCCUAUGAGAACGAGCACGACAUCAUCCUGCUGCUCGAAUAUGCGGCAGGUGGUGAGAUAUUUGACCACUGCGUGUCUGACGAGCUGCUGUCCGAAGGCCAGAUCAUUCGUUUAGUUCGACAGAUUCUUGAAGGCAUCAAUCUGCUGCACCAGAGCAACGUCGUCCACCUUGACUUGAAGCCUCAGAACAUUCUGCUGACUGGUUUGAGUCCUCUGGGGGACAUUAAGAUCGUGGACUUUGGGCUGGCGCGUCGGCUCGGCUCCGUUGGAGAGCUGCGAGAGAUCGUGGGUACACCUGAGUACGUAGCUCCAGAAAUCCUGAACUAUGAGCCCAUCACCACAGCCACAGAUCUCUGGAGCGUUGGUGUGAUCACGUACAUGCUGAUCACAGGAGAGUCUCCAUUCGCUGGCGAGGACAAGCAGCAGACCUUCCUGAACGUCUCGCAGGUGAACGUGGACUACAGCAAGGAGGCCUUCUCUCGUGUGUCUGAGCUCGCCGUCCAUUUCAUCCAAAAACUGCUGGUCAAAGCACCAGAAGACCGGCCGAGCGCCACUGACUGUCUGAGUCACCCAUGGCUGUGGCAGCAGGGCAUAGGGCCCGAACUCUCUCCUCCUCCAGUAACCCCACGUGUUCCCCGAGAGCGCAGCGGCGGUGCCAAGUGGGCGUCUCCUCCCGAGGACCUCGAAGACAAGGAGAACAUUCUGGAUUCACCGCAGUCCAAGAGGUUCCGCUUCGAGGAUGACGCACAGGCGGCGAGGGACAGCAGCAUCUGAAACACCUUCUGGAAUCACAUUCCCCUUUUGAUUAGGGCAAGAUUUUCCAUCCUAAUCCUCUGAAUUACAUUUGGGACCACACCAAAGACGAUCUGCUAAUGCUAGAGCAAAUUCCUGCUGCACAAUAACAUGUAUAAUGAGGUUUCUGUAACUAAAUCACUCUUCUUUCAUCUCGGUUAUUCGAGCAGCUCUUUUUCUCUUGUAUGUGGUUUUAUUAUGUGUUUGUGUUUUUAAUUUGCUCCAUUAUAUAUGUUUUUUUUUUUUUUUUUUGGAAUAUUUAUUUGACACUGAGUUUCAAUAAGGUGCGUUAUUUUAAAGUAGGAAAAUAAGAAAAUAAGGCCAAUGGUUCCUCUAAACCAGCAAUGUUUUAAUAGUAGGAAUGUUGGGUUUAGUUUUUCUGUCUAAUUGUUGUUCUCAUUAAUUGUGAUUGCUCUUCGGUGCUCCAAGUCACAAUAUGCUGGACUGCAGGGGAAACUAGCAGGAGCUUAUUAUAAAUAAACAGGGCAUUGGAUUGUGGGGCUCACCGUAUUUAGUAAUGUCAAAGAUUAAUGAUAGUAAUGUUAUUAUUCCUGCCACCAGUGCUGUGUGUGUGUGUGUGUGUGUGUGUGUGUGUGUGUGUGUGUGUGAUUUGCCCUGUUUGGGGCAUCGUUGCUCAAUUUAAUUCGCACACCACACCCUGAAUUACUCAGAUCUGGGUUUUUUGCAAUAUGCACUUCCCCUUAGUAACAGAUUUGGAGGACUGCCAUAAAGUACUUAAUCUCUUGACAUCUGUGUGCCUUGGUCAGAUAUGAAGGGAAGGAAGAGGGAAAAUCUGUAUAAAAAUUUUUAUUAAUCUGAGCCCAUUUUAAAACGGAGAUAUUUUUGUAGCUCUUAUAAAAAAUAGUUGUGGUUUUGUUUUUUAAUUCCAAGCAAAGGAAGUCAGGAAGGAAAUGGACAGCUGUAUGGACAGCUUGUGUUUAAUUUUUUUGCAGGUUUUGUAAUCUAUGCACUCAUCUGGGUUAUAUCAGGCGCUUUUAACUUGUCAGACCAGAUUAUCUAGUAUUUUCUGCUGGGGAAGAAAAAAAAAAUAGUGUAUUCAUUGUGUGCCUUUUCUCAGGGUUUGCUUCACAAUUUGCCAAUACAGUUUUUUUAUGCCUCUAUAUAGAUUAAAUGCUUUAUUCAGAUCAUUUGUCAGAUUAUUAUGCCACAUAAUCUGACUUGAAUAUAUGCAUUCGUCUCUGUUCACCAUGCACAAUGAUUCUGUCCUCAAAACUGGAUCAAGUCUAAGUUUUUUCCUUUUUUUUUCUUGAAAUAUUUCAUUUUAUUAAGAAUAUCAGUGAAGCGAGUGUUUAAAUUCCAGAUCGUGUUUGUCUAGAACAUGUGAGAUGCCGGAGGAUAUUUGUGACAUGUUGGUAGUUGGAGAUGAAGUGAUUUUAUAAGUGAGAGGUAGAUUGUUGUUGGGAAAUAAAGAGUUAAGUUAUGUUGGUGCAAAGAAUUCUCAGACGUCCACAAACACAGCCUGAGGUUAAUUGGAGCUGGUAUUUGGUUGAUACAGUAUUAACAUACAGUAUUGGCUGUAAGGAAUAUUGUAAGUGGCUGUGAUCUGUUGACUAGAAUAUAAUAUCUCAUCUCUUCAUGAUGUGAGAGCUUUGAACUGGAAAUGUUGGUAUUGUUGGAUUGUUUGAGAUGUUGUGUCAUGUUGCUUUGUUGGUUUAAGAAGGUUUAAGGAAUGUGUUUUUGUGUUUGCUUUGAGCUUUCACGCUACGGCGGCGAUGUCACCAGCUCGCCCUCAAAAACAAAAAGAGUCAUUGUCUUUAAAGUGGACGUCUCCUGUUUUAGCACACUGUAUUCUGGGAAACUAUAAAUGCAUCUCAUCAAUGUCUGAGUUAUAAAAAGUGGUCAAAACUGGAACAAAAACGUGUCCAUGAUCAUAUUUAUUCUGAGAUCUGAAAGUUGUUAUGUGCAUGUUGGAUCUGAAACGGACACCACCUGCCUGCAAUAUGCACCCCGCCUUAACCCAAUAGAGUUUCUCCAACCAGGUCCACACGCCUCAGGGACGUCCUGCGACGAGCUGGCAGAGCUGCUAGAGGAGUUUAUUUUUACAAACAUACAGCUCACAUCACCUUUCUAUCUAUGGAUAGAAUAUUAACAAGGAUGCUGUUAUUGCUAAUCGAUAUAGAUUUAUGAAAAGCUUUUUGAAAAGCAUAGGACAGGCAGUGUGUGUAAUCAGUUUGCAGGAUGAAUUUCAGGAUCAGGAUUUAAGAGUUUUUAUUGUAGCUACACAGAGACGUCAGCCUCGAGAACAGAUCUGUGGAAGCGACAUACGGGUUUGUGAUGUUGAAGUGCCAUGACUGAACAUAAAUUCUGUGGGUUUCAAAUAAACAUAAUCAAAUUCC